AGAAAGUAUCUACCACACUCGACCCUCAAAAGAUCGCAGUCAACACCACCAAAACUUCUUCCCAUCUCGCUCUCUGCUUUUCCUCUUCAUUCAUCCCACUUCCUCCUUAGCAUCACCCUCUCACUCUCUACACCUCGAUCCUUUGCUUCUCCGCAAGACAAUCCUUCCAGCAAACAGCCAGAGUCACUCUCUUGUGCGUCGACUCCCAUCGCCCGUGUCCGCUGCCAGCUAUUCCGCUUCCUGUCCUUCCCUCACCCAGUCUUACAUCGUCAUCGAGAGAUCAGCCCACAGCCGCAGUCGCACUUCGCAAUCAUUGUUUCAGUCAAGACCAUCACAAAUUCACCAUCUUCUGAUUCUACCUUGCGACUGCCUUUCAGCUCAACGCUACUACCUCGGUGCUGCUUGAAUUCCGUCUCCGUGCUGCCGGAGUGGUCUUCCAACCGUCACCUUGGCCGCAGUCCCUCUCAUCGACACACUUGAGCGAUAAAUUUCUGAGCAUCUUUUGUACAACCAUCUCAGCGCCUUGACUACCUGCAAACACUGUCUUGCAUCAAUACCAUAAUUCAAGUCUUUCAAUCUUUGUUCGGAGCGGACAAACCCUCCUUGCAUUCAAUCCCUGACCUGCCUCGCUGCUUUCGUCCAUCCUCCUCACCCCCGGGUUGAUUCCAAAUCUGCCACCGAACCCACACCAGACAUUGCGAAGACUCUAGCAAUCACUUUGGUCAAAUAUCACAAACAUGGCACAGCAAAACCCUACAGGCGUUCCUGGCCCUGCCGGACGCAGAUUGCACAUUGCCCAUCGUCGCAGUCCCUCCGAACUCACUCCGCUCAUGAUGGAACAGCUGGCUCUUCAGCAACAAAUUGAAAUGCUACAACAGCAACAGCAACAGAUCGCUGCCACUCAUCAGCAGUAUGUGAACAUGGGGAUGAUCCAGCAGCCGCUGCAAAAUAUGCCUGGUUACUCGCCAAUUCAGGGCCAGCCGAAUAUGGCUGGGAUGUCACCGAACAAUACCAACUUUCAGUUUCCUCAAAUGCAACAGCAAAUGGGAAUGCAAUCCAAUCCUCCUACUCAGCCUGCUGCCCAUCGGAGGAAUCAGUCCGCUCUUCCGGGUAUGGCCAUGGGCCCGCCUCCAGCACCCUCAUCCGGUACAGCUGGCUCAACCUAUGGUGAUUUCAAUCAGCAAGCCAUGAACCAAAAUCGAGAAAAUGCUGCUGGUCGUGGAAGAGGUGGAGGGUCACAAGGUCAUGCCCGUCGUCACUCUCUGGCCCUUCCAGAGGCAAAGAAGGCGGCUGAAUUGGCGGAGAAGAAGAGAACUGCGGCCGGGUUCCAGUUCCCUAUCCCAGGAGCAGGUGGUGUCUCCGACAGCCCGGUAGCCGCUACUCCUUCAGACGACAAACAGUCUACGCCUUCCACUGGCCACGGUCUAGGCUUGCAGCGUGCUGGUAACGCCCGAGUCAGUGGCCAUAACCGCAGUCAGAGUUUGGCAGCUGGCAGCGCCCGAGGAGGUGGUGCUGCUGGCCGUGGUGGCUUCCAAUUUCCCCCACCUAUGCCUAACAAUGAUGGUGGUGCCACGCAAACAAAUCAAUCCGACCUUCAGCGUCGUGGCAGUCAGAGUGGCCACGGCCGUACAGGAUCUCGAAAUUUCGAGGGCAAUUGGCGUCAGCAGAAUAACCAACAGAACGAGCAGGGCCAGCAGCAGAUGGGACAGUUCAGUCAAUCUCAGGGUAUGAAUGCUAGUGCCGGAGGCUUCCAACCUGGUCACAGAGCAGGCCGUGGCUCGAUGAAUCAAUCAGUCGGUUCCAUGAGCGGAUUUCAAUAUCCCGGACAGCCACAGCUCAUGCAACUUCCUCAGGGCCAGAUGAUGAUGGCACCACAGAUGUUUGCUGGUCAACAACUGAACGCUCUUCAAAUGGCGCAGCUGCAAGCGAUGCAGAACGCUCAGCUUGGCGGACUUCAAGCAAGCCAACAUGCUCCACCCAUGGGUUUGCAGCAGCAGCAACAACAACGCAAAACUCUCUUCACCCCCUAUCUUCCUCAAGCAAGUCUCCCUGCCUUGCUCAAUGAUGGCCAGCUCGUUGCUGGUAUUCUUCGUGUGAACAAGAAGAACCGUUCGGAUGCGUACGUCACCACCAGCGAUCUUGACGCUGAUAUCUUCAUUUGUGGAAGCAAAGACCGCAAUCGUGCUCUGGAGGGUGAUCUCGUGGCCAUCGAGCUCCUCGACGUGGACGAGGUUUGGGGUCAAAAACGAGAGAAGGAGGAAAAAAAGAAGCGCAAGGACAUAACGGAUACUCGCUCUUCAAGCAACGCCCAGAACGGUAAGAACGAAACCUCAUCAUCCACCGAGACUCAGUCAAUUGCUCCAGAUGGUAGCAUCCGGCGACGUGGUAGCCUGCGACAGCGUCCGACACAAAAGAAGAAUGACGAUGUUGAGGUCGAAGGUCAGAGCCUGCUCCUCAUGGAGGAGGAGGAGAUUAGUGACGAACAGAAGCCACUUUAUGCGGGCCAUGUCGUUGCCGUCAUCGAACGUGUUGCAGGGCAGAUGUUUUCAGGUACUCUUGGUCUCCUUCGACCAAGCAGCCAAGCCACCAAAGAGAAGCAGGAGGCUGAACGUCAGGCACGUGAUGGUAGUCACAACCGUUCCGAGUCGCGCCAACAAGAAAAGCCGAAGAUCGUCUGGUUCAAACCGACUGACAAACGUGUCCCUCUCAUUGCCAUCCCUACCGAACAAGCACCAAGGGAUUUUGUUGACAAGCACAUGGAUUACGCGAACAGAAUCUUUGUUGCUUGCAUCAAACGGUGGCCCAUCACUUCCCUUCACCCGUUCGGCACUCUCGUUGAACAGCUGGGUGAAAUGGGAGAUCUGCGCGUCGAAACUGAUGCACUCCUGCGCGAUAACAAUUUUGGCGCUGAUGAGUUCUCUGACGCUGUGCUGAAGAGCGUCGGCUGGGAAGACUGGUCUCUCAAGACUGAGAGUGAGGAAAAUUUGUCCAACAGACUCGACCUGACCAAGGAACGUACUUUCACGAUCGAUCCGAUGCAUUCGAGUGAACUUGAUGAUGCUCUUCAUAUCAAGAAGCUCGAUAAUGGAUUGGUGGAGGUCGGUGUCCAUGUCGCCGACAUUGCUCACUUUGUCAAGGCAAACUCUCUUGUUGACCGAGAGGCAAAGAAACGGGGAACAGGCGUUUAUUUGAUGACCCGCUCUGUCAAUAUGCUUCCACCCAAGCUUUCCUCCGAAGUCUGCUCGCUGUCCCCAGGCCAAGGCCGUCUCACUGUCAGUGUUAUCUUCAAGGUCCAUCCUGACACUGGCAAGAUCGAAGGGGAGCCUUGGAUUGGAAAGACAAUCAUCCAAAGCUCUGGCAAGCUCGCGUACGACGAGGUUGACGCCGUUAUUAAAGGAAGCGAAAACAUCGACCUGCAAGGCGCUACGGCUGCAGACAUCAAGACCCUCCAUAGCAUUGCCAACAAAUUCCGUGAAGCUCGAUUCGGGCAUCGUUCUGCUGAUAUCGCGCCACUUCGACUUCUCUACCAGCUCGACGACGAGAAUGUUCCUGUGGAACAGAAUAUCUUCAAUUCUUCCGCUGCUCACGAGAUCAUGGAAGAGAUCAGCUGCAAGGCCAACUUCUUUGUUGCACAGAAGGUCUAUGCAGCUAUGCCAGAAAAGGCCUUCCUUCGGCGACAGGCUCCACCCAACCCCCGUCGUCUUUUGACCUUUGCUGAUCGCAUGACCCGGGCCGGAUAUGAAAUCGACACAAGCAGCAGUGGAACUCUUCAAAAUAGCCUCUUCCAGGUGCAAGAUCCUGAUCUUCGCAAAGGUAUGGAGACGCUUCUCGUGAAGACGCUCCAACGUGCCAAAUACUAUCUCGGCAAUCAGCUUUCGGAGGAACAACGCCAACACUAUGCUCUCAACUUGCCCAUCUACGCUCACUUCACCAACCCGUCUCGCCGUUAUGCAGACAUUGUCAUUCAUCGUCAGCUAGAAUCUGCUCUGUCGAAUGGCGCCGUCGAGUUUGCCGAAGACCUCGAAAGUUUGGCCAAGACUGCUGAGCAAUGCAACAACAAGAAAGACUCUGCUCAUUCCGCCCAAGAACAGAGCGUCCAUAUCGAGUCCUGCAGACUCAUGGACAAGAAGAGUAAAGACAUGGGAGGUGACCUUAUCAGUGAUGGCAUUGUUAUUUGCGUCUAUGAAUCAGCAUUUGACGUUCUUAUCCCCGAGUACGGCUUUGAGAAACGUGUGCAUUGUGAUCAGUUGCCAUUGAAGAAAGCCGAGUUCCGCAAAGAAGAACGAGUGCUCGAGCUGUACUGGGAGAAGGGUGUUCCUUCGUCUGCCUACGUUCCAGAGGACGAGAGACCUCGUGCCAAUGCUAGUACCAGAACCAAUGGUGCAUCAGAAGCCGCCAAGGAGCGUGCCCGGGAACGAUUUGAAGCUCAGCGCAAACAGACCGAUAGCAACACCAUGUCCACGGACGAUGUCGAUGCUCUUUUUGACGACGAAGACUCUGCUUCGGAAAUCACCGAGAUGGCUUCUGGCGUCUCUUUGAAUGAGCGCUCGACCCAGAGUGUGCCAGUAUCUCCCGGACGAAACGGCGCUUCUGCACACGGACCUGCUAGGACCCAGUCCGAUUCGAGAAUCAAGAAACCUACUGGUGACAUCCCCGAGAGUCAUCUGCCAAAGAAGGAGAAGUACGAAAGCUACUUUUCUCUGCGGGAAGAAGGUGGCGAGUACAUUCAAGAUAUUCGAGAGAUGACCCGGGUUCCGAUCAUCUUGAAGACCGAUAUGACGAAGAGUCCUCCAUGCCUGACUAUUCGCUCCAUGAACCCCUAUGCAUUGUAAUCAAUGUGUAAUGCAUAUUCUCAAUACUUGCCACAUGCUGCAAGCGAGUUGCCAAAUCGUCGUCUCGUCGACGGUGCAUUCAGUGACGAAAAAUAUCGAGUAUCUCAUAACAUCGGUAUGAACCAAGUAUUCCUAUCCUUGAAACAAACGUAGUUGGAGAUGGCAUGGUGGUUGGGGAAUAUUUCAUAAAGUUUGAUUUGGGUGUGCUAUGCUUGACCAUGCGGGCUGGCACCACAAUGCAGAGAGGCUGCGCUGGAGAAGAGAAGGGGAGAUAGAAGAAACAAAGAACAUGCUGGGUGAUGAAGGGCUCGAGGAAGGCAGCUUUCGAGAGAGAAGCGAGAGACAGUGUGUGUAUGUUGUGAGUGAGGAACCAAAAAAGAAUGCAGAACUGUAAUCAGGAAUAUUUCCUAAUGAGCGCGACAUUAAAAAGUCUCUAUUUCUUUCAU